AUGAAGCCAACACAACGCUAUAGUCAAGAGACCGUCACUGGCCUGGUCCCGGCGGCCACAGAGGUGAAAGGUAUCACUAUCACGUCCACAAUCACGGCUUUCACAGACACCCCCGAGAUCAGGACUGUGACUUUUACAAAAACCGAGGUCAUCACCGUCAUCGACCCCAUCCAACAAACCCAGACAACUACCUCCACAGUAACCUCUUUUGGCGAUAGAAAACUGGCUCGACAGGAAGCCACUAGCUCUGGGACAACGAUUGUACCUUCGACGGCUCAAGUCACUCCCGAUGCAACGGUCAUAACUACUAUCACCACCACCGUCCUAGGCCGAAGUACGGAGACCACGACUGUUACGAUCACAGUCUUCUCAACUACAUCUAUCGCACCCAAUGCGGAGGAGACGGUCACCGUCUUUACAACCGUUUUCCUGCCAUCGGCAUCGCAAAGCGCGUCUACCCCGAGCAGACCCAUAGAGACGACAUCGGCAACGGCCAUUAGUACUUCAUCUGCUGUAGAUUCAACUUCAACAUCAGAUACUGCCACUUCGACUGGCUCUACCAGGACUUCAACUCCGUCGUUGACGUUCUCAACAUCAGUUCGUUCUUCGUCUACCCCCAGUCUUACGACUCUCAAUCCUACCACCCCCACAACUAUCCCAUCGCCCACUGCCACAAACACCACGGAACCGACAGUUGCUCCCUUCAUUCCUUUGACAACGGGUCAAAUAGUCGGCAUCAUUAUUGGUCUCGUCAUCGCUCUACUUCUCCUGAUCACACUUGCUGGCUGGCUUCUUCGCCGGCGCGCGAGAGCCCGAGAAGCGAGAGACGAAGAGGAAGAGCAGCAACAUGAGCAACAUACAGAGUAUAAAAUUCCGCGUCGUCCAGUGCCACAACCCGUAGGGAUUUCAGCCCAAGCUGUUCCGCGGGCGGGCACAACGACGACAACGAUGGGUAUAGUCACCCCGGCCACAGCACCAGGCACAAAAAAGCAAAUCCCCAAGACAAAGCUCAAGUCAUUGGCAAAACUGUUCUCCUUGAAGAACAAAAAGUCCACAUCACCUAACAACAACCCCAACAACGGCUCUGCCCCUUCCCCGUUCGUUCCCACAGGCCCCAUAUCCGCCACCAACGGCUAUACCGGCCCGGCGCUCCCCGAGAUGAGCGAAGGCGACGUCCGCAUCGUCAUCCGCUCUACUCCACGGAAUACCCGCAACAGUCGCAACCCCAGCACAACCGAGAUACAAAGACGGCCGGUUCCCAACCCGCUCAACCAAAAUCCUCCACCGACGCAAACACAAACACACACACCAACACCAACCCCAUACCGCCGCAGUAGACGAAACACCUACGAAAGUAUCAACUCCGCCGACUCAAUGUCCUCCCCCAUUCUACCUGGACAACAGACACGACAACAACAACAACCGAACAACUCUACGACACGUACCCCUUCGCAGCAGCGAGCAUGGGAAUAUAGGUAUCACCCCGUCGCGGAAGCUACCAGUACCCCCUCCCCGACCGGGACUGAUCCGAAGACACGGUUGAUGGUUGAGAGUGGGUUGAUUGUGGGCGGGAGUCGGAAUAGGGCUGCGAGUGUGAAUAGGGAUGGGAAUGGGAAUGGCAGGAGGGGUAGAGGAAAUAGCGCCGAAGGGACUACUAGAACCAGCGCAGCACAGCCUAGAGCAGAGUCCAAUGUGGGACGGUCAAGUCAAAGGCGUGGAGCGAGCCAGCGGGAGAGUGAAGACCAGGAGGGACAGGGACAGGGAAGGGGAGGCUUUGGACGUGGUGUUAGGCUUGGGAGGGGAGAUGGGGCUUGGUGGAGGUUGUGA